CUCUGGUUCACCAGACAUCAGUCCGCAAGGCACGCAACGGGAACAGGAGCCCAUAUUUCACGGCCUCCUCAACGUGGAUCACGAGUCGCCGUUGUCGGAAUGCCGCUCUCCUUCGCUGAAAUUGAAAAACAUCAAACGUCUGAACGCCGUAACGCGUGCCGUUGUUGUGAUUCAGAGCCACGUGCGACGGAGGCGUGGACAGCGGA